UGUUUGAUCUUUUCAAUUUUUUUUAAUUUUACUUCUGUGUAAAUUAAAUUCUUAGUCUUCGACAUUCUACUUUGAAUCGACGCUAAGCUGUGGAUGAUUCCUGUGAAGAUAAAAAGAAACAGAGAAUCGAAUCAUUUCAUCUUAUUUAAAUUUCUUAAGAUGGAAUUAAAUCAUGAUGAAGUGAAGUCCUGCUUCAUCAUUUCAAAGAAUGGUGCGUUUUCUUUAAAGUGGAAAAUCUAUAAUCUUCGUAGUUUACGAGAAAAGAUUCCUAUUUCAAGUCCGGAAUUUUUUUAUAAAGAUAAUAGUUGCCCCUGGUUCUUAAAACUUAGUACUUUGUAUUGUUCUUCAACAUUAGAUCUAUACAGCAAAUCUAAUGACGAUAUUGAUCUCAAAUUUACAAUCACUGUGGCUCAUAACCAGAAAUUAGUUUAUGAAGAUAGAGGCACGUUUUUUUCUUUUUCGAAAUUGAGAUCUGUGAAAUUGUUUAAUUCACUAUCAAAUACACCGUCCAUCAGUGAUGUCCUUACCAUCAUUUGUACUAUUGAAGUAUUUGGACCAGAAGUUGAGAGUCAUACAAAGAUAGUGACAAUCCUACAUCCUAACCUCAACAAUUCAGAAUCCCAAAGCGAUCAACAGAACUCUUCAAAUCAGAUCCAUAAUAAUUCAGAAGCAGACCGGAAGGAACAAGGGGCCAACUUACUCUUGAGGCAAAAGGAACUUGAUGAAUCCACAGUGAUAAUUGCAGAUUCUGACGAUAGUCCAGAUUUUGAAACAAUGAAGCAACUUUUGAUCGAUUUUAAAAGGAUGCUAACCCAAACCAUGAAUACUGAUGUUACGAUUCGAGUCGAAGAUACCACCAUCAAAGCGCAUAAAAAUAUAUUAUGUGCAAGAUCGCCAGUAUUUUGUAAAAUGUUUGAACAUUCAUCAUUAGAAACCACAAACGAUAAGAUUGUUGUGACAGAUAUCCGGACUUCUAUUAUGAAAAAACUCAUCAACUACUUGUACUGUGGGGAAAAGGGUGGUCUUCAAUACGAAGAAGCAUGUGAGCUUUACUACGCAGCUGACAAGUAUGAGAUUUUGGGUCUUAGAUUAGCUUGUAUGAAAGAUCUCUUAUCUUUACUUGAUGUGAACAAUGCCUGUCCAAUGCUCAGUCUGGCAUACCGCCACAGUGAUGAUGCUUUCAAAGAAGAAAUAAUGAACUUUAUUUCUAAGAAUUUUAAAUCCAUUGCCAAUACAGAGUCGUGGAUUGAAUUAACAGAUAAAGACACAAAACUAGCUGCUCUUUUAAUGCGUUAUUGUGCUGGAGCUUUGACUAAGUAGGUCUGUUUUCGGUUUCAUUUUCUUCCAAUAUUGUUAUUUGAUUUGUGAACUUACUUUUAGAAAACUUCAAACAUGUGUAUCAUUAUUAUUAAGAUAACUACAUUUUAUCAAAGUGUAACUGUGUGAAGUAAACGAUAUGAGAAUGUUAAAUAUCGUUAUAUUAUUUUUGGUGAUACUAUUUGUUUUAUACUUAAAUUAAAAAGGCUUAAGACAAUAUGGUGUAAAGCUAUAAUGUUUCAGAAAAUGUCAUUUUUACAUCAAAUAUUUUCAUAUUUUUUGCACGUUUUGCUUGAUAAAAAAAAAAGAAACGCCCAAAAUUUUCUUUGUAAAAGAAACAACUGCUAUUUCAAAUGUAAAUUAAUA